GCAGAGAGCUGUACUGAGCAGGCGCGUGCACGGACAGCUUAUGAAGUCAUAUUGUCCCUCUCUGCUCCAGACUCAAUCGGGAAAACGCAUCGUUUUUGAGCCAUAAAUCUCUCGCUAAACCGUGGGAAGAGAUGGUCUUGUGUUCGGGACUGACAUAACGUUAAAAGGGUGACUCAGUGAACAUGGCCCCAAAUUCCAUCCACUGGUUCCGGAAGGGUCUUCGUCUUCAUGACAACCCUGCACUUCAGGAGGCAGUGCGUGGGGCAGACACUGUUAGAUGUGUCUACUUUCUGGAUCCCUGGUUUGCUGGGUCAUCCAACCUUGGGGUUAACAGGUGGAGAUUUCUCCUACAGUGCCUGGAUGAUCUUGAUUCCAAUCUAAGAAAACUCAAUUCCCGCCUUUUUGUCGUCCGAGGGCAACCAGCCAAUGUUUUUCCACGCCUUUUCAAGGAAUGGAAAAUAUCCAGGUUGACCUUCGAGUAUGACUCGGAACCAUUUGGGAAGGAGAGGGAUGCGGCUAUUAAAAAGCUUGCCAUGGAGGCUGGAGUUGAAGUCAUUGUUAAAACCUCACACACCCUUUAUAACCUUGAUAAGAUCAUUGAACUGAACGGUGGCCAGCCUCCCCUCACCUACAAACGUUUCCAGACUCUGAUCAGCCGAAUGGACCCGCCGGAGAUGCCAGUGGAAACCCUCUCCAACAGCAUUAUGGGCUGCUGUGUCACACCAGUCUCUGAAGACCACGGGGACAAAUAUGGCGUGCCAUCUCUGGAAGAACUAGGAUUUGAUAUUGAGGGACUUCCUUCUGCUGUCUGGCCAGGAGGUGAAACCGAGGCAUUAACAAGGAUUGAAAGACAUCUGGAGCGAAAGGCUUGGGUUGCAAAUUUUGAAAGACCCAGAAUGAAUGCCAACUCUCUGCUGGCCAGUCCGACUGGUUUGAGUCCCUACCUCCGUUUUGGCUGCCUCUCUUGCCGCCUCUUCUAUUUCAAACUCACAGACCUCUAUAGAAAGGUAAAGAAAACCAGCACUCCUCCGCUCUCCCUCUACGGUCAGCUGUUGUGGAGGGAAUUUUUCUACACCGCUGCAACCACAAAUCCACGAUUUGAUAAGAUGGAAGGAAACCCAAUCUGUGUGCGGAUCCCCUGGGACAAGAACCCAGAGGCUUUGGCUAAAUGGGCUGAAGCUAAGACAGGUUUUCCCUGGAUCGAUGCCAUCAUGACCCAACUGAGGCAGGAGGGUUGGAUCCACCACCUGGCCCGUCAUGCUGUUGCAUGUUUUCUCACUCGUGGAGACCUGUGGAUCAGUUGGGAAGAGGGCAUGAAGGUGUUUGAGGAGCUUCUAUUGGAUGCAGACUGGAGCGUGAACGCAGGCAGCUGGAUGUGGCUCUCCUGUAGCUCUUUCUUUCAGCAGUUCUUUCAUUGCUACUGUCCAGUGGGUUUCGGCAGGCGCACCGACCCUAACGGCGAUUUCAUUAGACGCUAUUUACCUAUUCUCCGAGGUUUCCCUGCCAAAUAUAUCUAUGACCCAUGGAACGCUCCAGACUCGGUGCAGGCUGCUGCUAAGUGCAUCAUUGGUGUUCACUAUCCCAAACCUAUGGUGAACCAUGCUGAAGCAAGCCGCCUCAACAUCGAGAGGAUGAAGCAGAUCUACCAACAACUGUCCCGCUACAGAGGACUUGGACUUCUGGCCUCCGUACCAUCCACACACAAUGGGAACGGGAAUGGGAUGGCAUACUCUCCAGGGGAACAGCAGUCUGGGACCAAUACACCAGCACCAGCUGUAUCAAGCAGCUCUGUUGCCAGUGGUAACAGGAGUGGGAGUAUUUUGCUGAACUUUGACAGUGAAGAGCACCAGGGACCAAGUGGAAUUCAGCAGCAGCAGCAAUUAGGAUACCAUCACAUGCCUGACUCGGGCCACAACAGUCGAUUUUACAAAUGCAAUGUCUCGCAUGACAUGGCAGCAGGACACUUGCUGCACAAAGGAGGAAGUGUGACAGGGAAGAGGGAGAGAGAGUCGGAACGAGAUCUGGAUGAUGAAGAUGAAUCCCUCUCCACUUCGCACAAGUUACAACGGCAAAUCGCAGAGGUCACUUCAGUUCAUGCCUCUAGUGGGAACCAGUCAAGUAUGAAGAGUUAAAUUUGGACAUAUCAAUGUACUGAGCAAGAAAAUACAAAACAAGGCACAGUUGAAUAGGACGACUUUCUCCAUAUGAGUGUGGAUCUGUUUUCCUCAUGUUUGAGGGAAAAUCUUAUUUUAUUUUAUCCCCCUGCUCUUUCAUGUUCAAAGGAUAUGAAUGUUAGCUUAGAAUUGGUUUUUAUCAUUUACUGAAAUUCAGUUGCUUUAAAAAGAAUUAGAUUUUUCAUUCAACAGACACAAACAUCUUCUUGGAAAAGCCCCUUUCUUUAUUGGCGGUCUUUGUGAUUUGCUUCACCACUGUUGUGGUUGGGGUUUUAUUUACUGUCAAGUGGGAUAGACGGAUCAGUUUUUAUCAAGCAUGAUAAAGCUGAGCUUCAUUCUCCAUAAAUUGCAGCUAGAUUUUGUAAGUAUUUUUGCAGUUUGGUCGGCACCCACACCAUCCAUGAACCUGCAACCAUCAUAAAACACUUUUGUACAGUUUCGCUGACAUUUUCUCAUUGUACAUUUUCACUGAUUCUCAGUAGAGUGGUUUACGCGCCACUUUUUGUAAACAGACAAAUUUAUACAGUUAUAUUUUAUAUAUUGGUGUUUCGUUCUUUGCCAGUUCAAUGUUUUAGUGUUGCUCUGAAAACGAUAUAAAUAUUCAAUACCAGCAGAGCUGACAUUUUAAAAUAGCUUUUAAAAUCCACUGAAAAUGAACCUUGCUUAACUGAUCUUAAACACUCAUGUUUUUAACUCUGGACACAUUUGUAAAUUCUAUCAGGGAAAGAACUGUGGUUCUUGAAUGUUUUUAAACGGGCUACAGCAUUAAUGCAUCUAAACAUUAGCUUGCAGUAUCUUCUUCAUCGUCAUGCUUGGCAGACACACACAGACAGCUGAUCAAUACGGUCAGGCCUUAAAUACUGAUAAAACGCCAACCUAGACUCUGCCAAAGCCAGCAAAUGACAAUGGAAAAGAAAAUCAACCUUCUGUAACAAUUAUUAUCAGUAUGUCUGUGAAACCAACUUUUAUGGAUCAAGCACAUGCGUGUAAAUAAAGACACCCCGUUCUCAUCUCUGCCCCUCAAGAUCUCUCAGCUUUUACAUGCAUGUUUUUAUUUUAUUAAAUGAAACUUAAAUCACUUAGGUCAGUGUUUCUCAACCACGUUCAUGGAAGACCACCAGCUCUGCACAUUUUCCAUGUCUCCUUAACCAAAUAGACCUGAUUCAGAUGAUCAGAUCAUUAGCAGAGACUGAAAGACUGGUAGUGGGUGUGACAGACAAAGGAGACAUCCAAAACAUGCAGUGCUGGUGGGCCUCCAGGAACAUGGUUGAGAAAUACUGAUUGAGGUGAAACCAAACAUCUAGAGGCGUCAUCUGGCAACAUUAAUCAUAACAUGGCAUUUACAUUGACUGACAUUCCUAAAAUAAGCAAAGUAUUAACUGAUUUGAAUCUUUUUAAGUUAUCCCACUGCAUCCCCUUUUGAUGGUGUUCUUGAUCAUUUUAAAAUGAGAGUAAUUAACAUCUGCUUUCUAGUCUAAUUAGUCUGGUAAUUAGGAUUAUGAACUAUUAGGAUUGUUAGGAUUGUUUUUAUUCUGUGUAUUUGGCCACAACUGCUUUAUACCAAAUGCCUCCUAUAGACCAAACAUCAGUUUCUCAAAUUUUAACUGUUGGUUUUCAACCAGCUUGCCUGGAAAUAUUAAAUAAAUAAAUAUCUUAAGGAUAAAUAUACAUGUUUUAUUAAAGUCAUCAAUUUUAUGAGAUUGGGAUCUUUUCUUUUCAAGAUUGUUGAUUUCACUGUCAUUCAGUACUAGCAAACAUUGGUCACAAUAUUAAGGAUGGGGAAAUCUGUUUCUAUGAUAAAUUCACCCCAAUGUUAACAGUGUCACCAACACGGAUGAUUUAACUCCCUGUGCAUAACUAGAUCAUGUAUAUAAAUAUAUGGGCCCUUGAGUUCAUGUAUGGUUGUUUAUAACGGUGAUCUGGCAACCCCUCACUGAACUGCACUAAACCCGUUUGGCCUGAGUUUGUGUUUGUAUUGCUGGAUCUGCUUUGACACUGUGACAUCUGUAUUGCUGUUGCCGACCAGAAGUGUUCAGUUCUGAUGUGAAUGUUUUGAUAUGACAAUUGUAGAAACCUCAGUGCUUUUUGACUGUAAUAUCUUUGUGCUAUUAUAGUUUGUCACCGCAGAAGCGAACAAUUUCUGUUUCUCCCCAGUAAAAUUAGUCAUAUGUUUGGGUUUUGUUUUGUUUUUCUUUGUGGAAUAAAUGUGAUGUCAAGUCUGAAUCUUGUCCUUCAAGUCUGUAAACAGUUGUAAAAGUAAAUCUGAUUGAAAAACUGGA